AUGAACUCGAGCGUCCCAUGGCGUGAAGCCCGUUGGCCAGCUCCAGCACCCUCUGCUGCGCCUGUUCCUUUUCAAACUGCGACCCCUGCCUAUAUCCCCGUACAAGCACGCCGUAGUCUGGCACAUAACAAAGCAAGCCAUCCUGCCACCAAUGGAUACCCUCCCCAGCCCGCCAUGCCAUCUACCGAGUCGGAUCCGCGACCUCGAAUGGAGUUUCCACCGGCUGUCCGCAGCUAUGUACAACGGUGUUUUGCCCCCGAGAACCAGGUCGCCAGCGUGGAUACCAAGGAGAUGCAAGAGAAACUUCGCUUUGUCAUCACCGACGCCGCUGAAAACCACAAACUGGAGAUGAUAGACUGGGAGCGCCUCGCUCUGCCGCAAGUCAUGAUCCAGAAUGAACGCAAUAAGAUCCUGGCCAACCCGAGCGUCUCCAACUGGGGCAUGUCCAGUCAACCAUCCUCCCCAGGGGAUGCUUCGCGCAAGCGAAAGUCGACCGACAUCCACCAGACCGAGAACUCCCCACCAUGGAGAAAAGCUAACAAUAAUCGCAAUCGUAUUGAAGACAGAGUCACUCACCCUUCCACAGAGAAGCGCCCCCGCAUGACCACAGAUGACUCUAGUAAGUCAAAAGCUAAUUUGGAGAUGAGGAGGAGGCGUUUUGAGGGUGCCGGCGCCACCUACGGAAAUUCGGGCACCUCCUCCCCCGUCGACUCUCCGGCGCGCAGCGAACCCGACCAAGGACCCGUGAUUGGCCGAUGCCAGAAAUUGGAGAAGAACUACUUCCGCUUGACCUCUGCCCCGAACCCGGAUACCCAAGAGAGCAACUACACCUACAUCUGUGAUCAGUUCAAGUCCCUCCGCCAGGAUCUGACGGUCCAGCACAUCCGAACCGAAUUCACAGUGACCGUUUAUGAAAUUCACGCACGCAUCGCCUUGGAGAAAGGAGAUCUUGGUGAGUAUAAUCAGUGCCAGACUCAACUCCGGGUACUUUACGCGCAAUCACUAGGCGGGAAUCCGACGGAGUUCAAGGCGUAUCGUAUUCUCUAUUUCAUUUACACCCGCAACUGGACGGCCAUGAACGAUGCUUUAGCCGACGUGACUGCUGCAGACAAGAAGAACGAGGCUGUUAAGCACGCCCUCGACGUGCGCUCUGCGUUGGCACUCGGCAACUACCAUCGCUUCUUCCAACUGUACCUGGAGACGCCCAAUAUGGGUGCCUAUCUCAUGGACAUGUUCGUCGAACGCGAGCGCUUGUCUGCGCUGGCCGCCAUGUGCAAAGCGUACAAACCCGAUGUGAACAUCCGUUUUAUCACGGAGGAACUCGGCUUCGAGUCGGAUGAGCAGACCGCCCGUUUCGUCCUGGACCAUGGCCCAGCAGAACUUCUCGAAGAGCGAAACGGGUCUGUCAGACUCUUGACCGGCAAGGCCGGGCUCGUCUUUGAACAAGCCAAGGCCGAAGCGCACCGCGUCGUCGACAUUAAAGGACAAAUCUAA